AGCGAACACGUAUUCUGUCUCGCCAGAGGUUUUCCUCCUACCUUUUUGCGGGUUCGGUUCUCCUCACAGUUGUGAGCCCAGUUCUUUGUGCACAUCUGAGUCUUUACCGUUUAUUUCUUUUUUUUUGUUGUUUGUAGAAGUAGUAGAUCCAUAGCGUAUCACAACGUUCUAGUAGCCCAUUAAGGAUACUCAAGUGCUCUCUUUCUGCAUAGCACACGCGCCUUCGUCUCUCAGCUUUUUUAAUGGUGCGUUGUAUCUUCAUUUCUUUUCUCUCUCUCUAUUUGAAGUAUCGAACAUAACACACCGCUGCACGAUGGCCGGCCUCGACGUUGCGUGGAUUCCCUUCUGCGUGAUGUACCUGCUGUACAUGAUCCCUCCCACGCUCAUGGAGGUGUACUCGUACUAUAGCCGCGGCGGCCUCGUCCGCUACGAGGACAUCAAGUACGAUGACACCUUUGUGCCACAAGUGGUGUGGAACUUCGACACCGAGGUGUACUACAAGCGCUUUCUCGAUCGCCCCACCAGUGAGGCCGGCAAGGCCUUUUUCUCCUGGUUAGACUGGAGUGCCGAGCCGUACGACCGCACCAUCUACAUUCUGCGGCGCAACUAUGCGAAGAUGAGCGGCGAGGUCGGCUUCUGGAAGUGGUACAUCUACGGCCCUUUUGUUUUUAACUGGCCCAAGAAGACAUGGCUGCGCGGCGAUGAUGCGGCGGGGAAGCUCAUGCCGGCGUGGGGCGUAGGCGGCGAGGAGCGCGCCCGCAACGAGUUCGCGGAAGCCAAGGCGAAGGGGUUCGACAAGCACUACCACUACCAAAUUAUGCGCAAGAUUCGCCGAGAGCAGGCACUGAAGGCGGCGCAGCAGCAGAAGGCGAUCAACUGA